AUGGAGACCAGCCAGAAAACUUUGCCGGACAUCCCCGGCGACCUCUUGGAGAAGAUAUUCCUCUGGCUGCCCACCCCAGAAGACCUCGCCCACACCUCCGCCGUCUGCGUCACGUUCCGCCGAGUCGUCACCGACGGCUCCUUCCUCCGCAGCUUCCGCCGCCUCCAUGCACCACUAGUCCUCGGCUUCUUCGCGCAUAGCCAGUUCCAUCCCGCUCCGCCGCCUCACCCCUCCGCGCCUGCCGCCCGUGCGCUCGCCCUAGCCGCUGACUUCAGCUUCUCCUUCCUCCCCUCCUACUGCAGAUGGGGCGUCCGCGACAGCCGCGACGGCCGCGUCCUUCUCGCUCGCAAGCCCGAAAAGGACGAGGAGCCCCCGAUCUUCACCGAGCUCGUGGUGUGCGACCCCUUGCACCGGAGGUAUAUCCUGCUCCCCCCAGUGCCCGAAGAUCUAGUGGCAUCGGUGGAGAACUCGGUCAACAAUUUUUUCGGGCGCUUUUGUGUGCCCUUCCUCAUUCCACCCAACAAGGCUGAAGAGACUGACUUCAGAGUGAUCUGGAUGGCACGUUGUGGAAUUAAUCUGGCCGUCCUCGUCUUCUCUUCGAGCACCGGGGAAUGGCGUGCCGCCUCAUCGUCCCAGGACUGGAGGGAUAUAGUCGUUGUCAGUGACCCUUUCUGUUUUCUGAGGCCUCAUUUCGCAGGUGGCUGCAUCUACUGGGACUCGCCGUUAAACCAGAACAAGUUGCUCGUGCUUGACACUAAGACUAUGGAGUUCUCCAUUGCAGAUUUCCCACCUGGAGAAUGGGACGAAAAAUUAGCUAUUGUCGAUGCAGGGGAAGGCAGGUUUGGAAUGUUUGGCAUCCAUGAUGGAGAUGAAGGUGGUGAAUCUGUUCUUAGUUAUAUGGUUGGGCAAAACGAAGGUGAGAGUUCUGGCCAGCUGAAGAAAGUCUCACUAGGUUAUGGGCAUCAGUAUUAUUUCACAGACUAUGCAACGCAGAAUUACUUGAUCCUAUUAAGGGCUGAAGCUAGCCCGUACGAAGUCUUAUCACGGACCCCAUCAAAGAUAGAAUUUUUCUCACUGGAUGUCAAGACAGCGCAGCUUGAGAGGAUGUUUAUUGAACCUUCCAAGUUUGGUUGUUCUCGAGCGCACAUAUAUACCAACUUCCCGCCAUCAUUAUUGUCUUCACCAACAAUAUGA